AUGAUGGCGUGGACACAGAUGGAAGCGCCGCUGGUCUGCAUGUUGCCGAACUCCACCACUCUGUUCCUCCCAGGGAUCUGA